CGCGGCGGCGGAUUGGAUUGUGGUGAUCCCUCCCGACACCGAUGCCAGCCCUUCCCACUCUCCCCCUCCCCCUACCCCGCCGCCCAUCCGACUCCCGACGGCGCGGCCGCCUGCUCCUGUUCCUCAUCGUCCUUGUCUCCGCCGCCGCGGCCCUCGCCUACCUCUCCUGCCCCUCCUCCGCGCUGACACCGCCCCGGCCAGCUGUGCGGGCCGAUGCCGAUUGCUGCAGGGGUACCCAGGGGCUCGAGCUCUGGGGUCCGGCGGUCAAGUGGGGCUCUAACCACCGCCUGCCCUCUGCCGCCGCCUGCUGCGCCUCCUGCAAGGCGAUGUGCCCCCACGCCGAGGACGGCGCCUGCCGCUGUAACUCAUGGGUCUUCUGCGGGGACGAACGCAGAUGCAAGGACAGGCUCGGGGAGUGCUGGCUGAAGAAACAAAAGGACGUGAUGGCUCCUGCUGUUAUUGCAAGCGGGGAGGACGUCAUGUGGACGUCUGGUCUAGUCUUUGCAAAAGGAGAGCUGUAUGCUUGUUGGCAUGUGCUUCAAAAGAAAAGGAGAGAAGGGAGCUCUUUCUUCACUAAGGGAAUUGUGGCGCUUGAAACAAGUCUUGGGACACUUCAUAUUCAAUUGCUGCCUGGUUGUGCACCGCGGUCUGUGGACUACUUCAUCGAGCUCUUGGGCUUGCACAACUGUGCUGGGUGCAGAUUUUAUCGCGCGGAAGGACGUGGGAAUGUCUGGGAUGCAGAAGGCAAUCAUGACAAAAAUGCUGCUUUUGGUCCCCCGUAUGCAUUGCUUCAAGGGACACUGGAAGUUGAUGGUGUGCCUUUCAAGGGCAUAACAAGAGAAGCAUGCCCGGAGGUGAAAAGAGGGUCCAUUGCCUGGGUUGGAUCAGGGCCGGAGUUCCUGAUCAGCUUAGCAAACCACGAGGAGUGGAAGGACGCCUACACUGUGUUCGGCCACGUGCUGCCCGAGGACAUGGCGAUAGCCGAGGAGAUGGCACUGCUGCCAGCGAGCACGGACGUGUGGAGCAAUGUAACGGUGAAGGUGCUGAGAGAUCCUGUCUACUUCAAGGUGAAGAGGAGCUGCCAUGCUAGUUCUGUCUAGGUGAGGCAUAUUUCUUUCAUCAGGUGUUGGGGCAGAUACAUGUGUAGCCAAAAGCUAUAGAGCAGAUGAUCGCUUUAUUACUGUGCAUGCGAAGAAAGAAAGAAAGAAUUCUACACAAGAGAAAGCAGACUAUAUAUAGCACUGUAGAUGAUGAAGACGUGGGUCUGUUUAGCAUGGCUUAUUUUAGCUUCAGCUUCACACAUAAAUUGAGA